AUGGCAGGCCGAUCUCGGUAUUCUUCAGAAGCUGUCUAUGUGUCUAGAGUAAGCGUCAACAUGUGGAAACUGUGUUCCAUUGAUCAGUGGCGUGUGAGAUGGGACUUCAAUGUGGCAUCUACGUGGGACGGCGACCGCCUCACUCACCCACCAGUCCAGAUCAAGCUCUCUGCACAUGAAGAUGGGUGUCACAUGACUGUACGUGCCCCAUUCUUCAAUGACCCUGCCCCGCCCGGUGAGAAAGGGGCACCUGUUCCAGGUCUGUGGGACUAUGAAGUGGUGGAGGCAUUCUUCCUGAAUGACAGAGACGAAUACCUUGAGGUGGAGUUGUGUCCACAUGGACAACAUCUGCUGCUACUUCUGAAGGGUCGUCGCAACAUCGUUCAGGAUCAGCUUCCCCUACAGUUCACAGCUAACAUCAAUGGUGACACAUGGACAGGGGAGACAACUCUGCCUCACAGUUACUUCCCCUGUUGUGUGACACGGUUCAAUGCAUACGCUAUCCAUGGCUCGGGAGACAAGCGGGUGUAUGAAUCUCUGUGUCCUGCCACCAAAGGACAGUUUACAGAUCCAGACUUCCAUCGCCUCGAGUUGUUCCAGAACAUCGACAUGUCCUCUGUUCUCAAGUUUAAUACCAAGGGAUACACAUCCAACAUUUGGAACAAGCAUACAGAGAUAGGGUCAUGACCUUGACAUUCACCCACUUAUACAGUGGGUACAAGGUUCCUUCAGCCAGGGUUCGGCCAAAGACGACACAGUUAGCUCACCUGGAUCAAUGUAACAUCAAGGACGUUUGGAUUCAAUACUGCAAUAAACUCUAUUUUAUGUACAUGA